AUGCCCCGACUUACAUUGCAGACUGACUGGGAGCAUCAACGACUCCACGGUAAUCCCAGCUCACCACUGCGUCAGAUCCACUUCCGUCGCCCGAGAACCCGCAUCCUGAGGAUUAUAUUUCUUACUACUGCGAUUGCUCUGUGCUUUAUUUUCUUCCUAUCGCGCGGGUCUGGAGGGGAUGGUACGGUAUCCGAUUAUUGGUCUCAAUAUCAGUCUCUUCCUGUGUCACAACCGCCAGAUGACUUAAGUGUCAUUUCCCACGAGGCCCCGCCGGUCGGGGAAGACGGUACACUGCCAAGUAGACUGGAGAAAACCAAUCCCUCUUUCCACAUCCUCAUGCCGGCAGUCGAGAAGAACGUUGGUCUCUGCCAGACCGUCACCUCUGCUAUGAUCCUGAAUUACCCGCCUCCAACUGUCAUCAAAUCCUUGCCUGAUUUCUCGUCGCCUCCUACUGCUCAUGACGCUGUGGUAGCCCAGAUUAAGGGAAUCGUCUCCUUCCUGAGGAACAGCAAGCGAGUCAAUGAAAAAGAUUUAGUCUUGAUUGUGGAUGGCAGCGAUACCUUCUUUCAGUUGCCCCCGGAAAUCUUGAUCCAACGCUUUCACACAACGCUCGAAAAGCAUAACCAGAAGCUGAAGGAAAAGUACGGUGUGGUGGUCGUUGAAAAUCCUGAUAAAGGAUCCAAAGAAGUGGUUCAGAAAUACUCUCAGAGGGUGAUAUUUGCAGCGAGCAAGGAAUGCUUUCCGAACCACCCAGAUGAUGUCGCCUGCGUGAGUGUACCAGGAUCUACAUUACCUCCUGAUGUAUACGGGCCGAAGACAGAUAUCCAGCGGGAUGGGCAACGGAAUAGGCCUCGAUGGCUAGAUUCUGGCGCUGUGAUGGGGCAAGCCGCAGACCUAUUACCCAUCUACGAAAGGGUUCUGGAGUAUGUGUUGCAUCAUCGAAAUCGUCACGGUGACCAGAUGGUUUUGUCACGGCUGUACGGGACGCAGGAGUAUGUGAGGGAACUCGAAAGAAGGAGGACCAGCAGCUGGCUGAAGGAGUGGUUUCGGGAUAUGAUCGGCAUCUCUGAAGCCACCAAUAUCACCAACGUUUAUCUUCGCCUCGAGCCGGGACAACGAUAUGAGUUUGGCAUCGGGCUUGACUACGAGUCUCAGCUGUUCUUCACCAUGAAGAACUCCAGAAACGACGUGGAAUGGGUCAAAUACAACAACAUCUCGCAGGUAUCCACCGUCCAGGCGCGACACGGAGUCCCAAGGGAGGUUCGCCUCACUCUUCCGGCCGAUAUCCAGGAGAAGGCACCAAAUCCUUUCACACAACCGGCACGAGCUCCAGGUGAGGCUGUCAAGCCUCCCAUCAAUGAGACUGUCGACUCUCUCCCCCAUCCUAUGAAUAUGACGUGGGAGACUCUCCCGUUGAUGACCAACGUCCACUCAGCCGCAGUCCCUGCCACCAUUCAUUUGAACGGCGACCCCUCGGUCCGUCCAGAGUGGUGGUCGAAUAUGUGGUUUCACCCGUGGUCCCGUGCCCUCCUCCGCAAAUACAUCCGCUCAGCCCGCGGUCGUGUUGCUUCUCAAUCAUCGCUGUUGGGGGGUUCGGAUUGGUGGGACGCACGAGGUGGGAUUGGAGGCGUGUGGACUAAUUAUGACGAGUGGAUGGAUUUCGAAGAUCUUUGCAGUGGAUUUGAGGAGAAGAUUUUUGACGACGGUCUAGGUGCCUGGGGCCAGGAGGACGGCGGUAUAUUUCAAAAACCGAUCUAUAAUCAAUGGGGGAUUCUGAUCUCGGGCAAAGGACCGCCGAACCUGGAAGAGGCGCAAAAUAAGGAGGCUGGAAACCAAGGAAAGUAA